AUGAUGAAUCAAUCGCUGCAAUCUCUCUUAAGUGAAUAUUCACACAUUGGACAUUUGUUUGUUGAUUGUAUGAGGAGAAACCCGGACUUUACUUGUCAGAUUGAUGCAGCAACAGGACAGGAAGAAACAAAUGCUUCGGUGCUGUCGCGAUCUAUUCGCCUGGCUCAAGCGCUGAGAAAGUUUGGUCUGCGGCCCGGAGAUGUAUUAGCGUUAGGAGGCAACAACCAUUUGGAUCUUCACAUACCAUAUUACGCUGCGUUAUUAAAUGGCUAUCCAAUAGCAGGCGUAGACCCCUUAUUUAAGUAUAGUGAAUUAAGGUCAUUAUUUAAAAUAACGCAGCCAAAAAUAGCUUUCUGUCAACGUACGUCGCUGGAGGAAUAUGAAAGAGCGGCUCAUGAUUUAGGUCUAGAUAUGAAGAUAGUGACUUUCGAAGAAGGAGAAGGUUCUAUGAAAGAGUUGUUAAGCACAUACGAUAUUAUUGAACCAGAAGCUGAAUUCAAAAUAGCCAAAUUUGACGUUGAUAAAGUAUAUGCAUUCCUAAUAAGCACUAGUGGCACUACGGGCUUCCCCAAAGUAGCAGCCUUCAAACAUCGAAUUACAAUGGAAAAGUUUCUUACUUUCAUGAAAUAUUCAAAUAAAAUGAGCACGAUAGGACUAAACUUGUCUCCCGUUCAAUGGAUAUCGGGGAUUUUUAACGCUGUUGCCAUGCCGAUUUCAAGCCAAACCAAGGUACAAACCUCUAGACCGGAUGAUAUCGACCAUUUAAUUGAGAUGAUUAACAAAUACAAGCCCCCCUCGAUGUUUAUGAGUCCGGCUCUGAUGUUGGUACUGUUAAGGCGCUGGGACGAAGUGGACCUCAGUUGUCUAAAGGAGAUCCUCAUAACAGGGGCGAAGACUAACGUGGCUGCCAUAAAUGAACUACGGGGUCGUCUUCAUAAAAACACCAAUAUUAAGGAAGCAUACGGUAUGACGGAGACUUUGGGACCAGUGUUAACUCCAAACGUGAAUGGCCCCGUUGGCAGUUGCGGCAAGCCUACACAUGGCUAUGCCAUAAAGCUAGUAGAUCCUGAUACUGGAUCGGAAAUAAAAGAACCAUACCAAAACGGUGAACUGUUAGCGAAGGGCUUAUGUUUUACGGAAUAUUUGGGAAAUCCAGAAGAGACGAGAAAGUCAUUCACAGAAGAUGGCUAUUUCAAGACCGGCGAUCUUUUGUACAGGGACGAGAAAGACAAUUACUUUUUUGUUGACCGGAUAAAGAUGCUCAUCAAGUUUCGCAAUGUUCACGUAGUUCCGUCAGAGCUAGAGGAAGUAAUACUUCAACAUCAUGGAGUGUUGGAUGUUUGUGUAACUAGUAUACCGCAUCCAGACGACGACGAGCAUCCAGUGGCGUGUGUCAUUCGUAAACCAGAUUCCAUCGUUACCGCACAAGAGAUAAAAGAAUUAGUUAGCAACCACUUGUCAAAGAAUAAGGUGUUAUGUGGGGGUGUCGUGUUCGUCGAUAAAUUACCAAUGACCUCUUCGGAUUUUUCAACUAAAGCUAAGUCGUGUUGGAUUUAUUUUGAGCAACUAACUUACUUUGUUUUUGAAAUACUUACCAAGAUGUUGAAGACAGUUUUCAUUUUGGCAAUAGUUGCAAUGCUGGUUGGUGAGUCAAUUCAACAAGGUGGUGGUGGUCAAGGAGGUAUGGGCGGUGGUCCGCCACCGAAAUUUGGAGGUAUGUAUACUUUUUAA